UAGAGGGGACGGGUCAGCUGUUCUUCUUAGGCCGCGCCCCUUUUCCCAAGUCAGUAUCCAGCAUCUCUCUCUCUCUCUCUCUCUCUUGCGCUCUCUCUCUAGCAGCUUGCACUCUCUAGCUUUAACCCUUAAGGCAACGAGGCAGGGCAACUUCGCCUUCAAGGGAGGAUGUGUGGAUGUAUGGAAAGUCCCCCGCGGUUUGCAGAAAGCUCCUCUCUCCGUUUGCAAGGCUAGUCUGCGGAAGGGCACCUGCCUGUCUAUAAAAGGAAACAAAAUGCAAAGCCUGCUACGCUGCUUUUCCUAGCAUGCACGCGGAUAUACCGUGAAAGCAAAGGCCGGGGAGUCGGAUAGGAACUGCGUGUUGGGCGGGCGCAGGAGGGAGAGGAAGGACUAGACGAGGCGCGAGGGGCGGGCGGGAAGGCGGGGGAAAGAGCGAAGGCGCGCUGCUGGGCGGAAUACUUUUUGCGCCUUUUUGCCAUUUUUUCUCACACACACCCCUUCAGUCUUGACACCCGGGUAGGCCUGCCCCCAGCGCACCCCCUUCCUCCGCAUCUGCGCCCAUGGCUUUGAUGUGCCGUCCCUGAUAACCUGAGCUGUCCAAUUCAUGAGAUGCUAAAGUAUUUUGUGUGGGAGAGGAAGCAUCACAAAAUGAGUAUGUGUUGCAAGGCUAAAACAAGAAAACGAUGCUUGUCCUGAUCUGCUCGGCCUUCAUGAAUCUAUGGAAAUCCCAUGCACCUCUCCCCUCUGGAGGAGGGAUGAGAGUGUACAGCCACACCCUGUGUGAGGAAUAACAGCAGCAAUCAAUAAUCCAGGAUAGCCUUCAAUCUGAACGGAUUACUAAAAUAUUUUCUCAGUUGAAAGCUAAGUAUGUGGGUUGGCUGAGGAUGUUCUUGCACAUGGAGAAGACUAUUCUCAUACAAAAGCUGAUUAGCAUUGUCCCAGACAAACUCCCUACAAAAGCAUCAGCUCAGGCAAAUUCCCUACCUUUACGCUUCUGAGUUUAAGGGAAAUGGCAUUUGGUGGAACUCUGUGGAUGCUGAUAUUAUAUAUAUUUUCAUUCAUUCAUUCCUUGCUGUUUGCAUGGGGAGUCUAUUAUCAUUUUAAAAGGACCUACGUUCCUCCAGGAAUCACCCAGGGCGCAAAAUUACGAGUUUUCGCUUUUGCAAUGGAAUAUUCACUUGGACUGGGAUUGAUUCUGGAAAAACUGGGCAUUUGCAAUAGAUACAUCAUCUGGAAGAUUGCAUUCAAUGUCAUACCAACAGGGAAGGACUCAAAGUUGAUCCAAAAGGACCUGGUUUUUGAUGGGGUGCCCGUGAGGGUGUACUGGCCCAAGACAUCACCUGCUGGGAACAGGAGAGGAAUCAUCUUCCUUCAUGGAGGCGCUGGAAUCACUGGAAGCAUCCGAGCCUCUGAAAAGGUCUGCCGUUUCAUGGCCAACCAAAGUGAUUCAGUGGUUGUGAGUGUCGGAUUUCGUUUAGCUCCUGAGCAUCCCUAUCCAGUCCCUGUAAUGGACUGUUUAACUGCUGCAAUACACUUUCUGAAGAAUGCCAAGGAAUAUGGAGUGGACCCCAACUGCAUUGCCAUUGUAGGGGAGAGUAGCGGAGGCACUUUUGCUGCAGCUGUUUGCCAAGAACUGGUGACCAGGGAGGACCUCCCAAGACUGCGAGCUCAGGUCCUGAUCUACCCAUUCCUACAAACAGGGGACUUUGAUUUGCCAUCCUAUCAGCAAAACCAAUCAGUUCCUCCCUUGUUCAGGAAACGAGCUAUCAAACUUGGUUUGAGACAUCUCACUGGGAAGGACAUAAACGUGGAGGGGGUGAUAAAAGGUUCCCAUGUCCCUCCUGAUUUGCGGGAGAAAUACCAAAAAUGGAUCAGUGCUGAUUACAUUCCAGAAGAAUUUAAGGCUAGGGGCUAUGUCCCUCACGCUCCUGCUCCAUUUUCAGAAGAACUUUAUGAACAAGUUAAAAGAGCUGAAGAGACAAUGUAUGCCCCCCUUCUAGCAGAGGAUGACAUAAUCCGCCAGCUCCCGGAGACUUUCAUUCUAACUUGCGAGUAUGAUAUUCUCCGGGAUGACGGGCUGUUGUUUAAAAAGCGGCUAGAGGACAACGGUGUGCCAGUGACUUAUCAUCAUCUUCCAGAUGCAUGCCAUGCAACAAUUACCUUUUUUGAUUUAUGGCCACUUGAAUUUCCGAGCUCAAGGAUAUGUAUGCAGCAUGUGGUACAAUUCUUAAAAAGUUUAUAUAAAUGAAUGACCUUCUUUGUCUUCCACUGGCAGCCUUCCCCUGUUGUGGGUGAACAUUCCCUCUUCCCUGUUGUCCCAAUCCUAAAGUAAGACCCAGUCUGAUUGAUUAAAAUCACCAUGACAUUUGUUAGUUCUUAAGCAAAGCACUGCUGGAUCAGGCCAUCGGUCCACCUCAUCCACCAUCCUGUUCUCAGAGUGAGCAAGCAGAGGCCUCUUGUGAUGCCUGCAAGCAGUACCUGGGUGCAAGAAAACUUUUGCAGCAUUCAGCAUCAUACAGCUUGCAAUAGUGGAGGAAGAUCAUAGCUAUAGCCUCCUCCAUGAAUUGGGCCUAAUCCUUUUAAAGCCAUCCUACCGGGUCACCAGGUUAGCUUAUUCAAUUAACUGUUGCUCCAUAAUAUUUGAAGAUAUUUAGCAAUAAGGAAGGCGCUCCUGUUUAUUAAGAUAAACUGAGCUAAGCCCUUGGGAGUGAUAUAAACUCAUUUAAGUACACCAUUAGACAGGAUUAUAGCAAAACACUCAUUUCGUAACACUCAUUCUGCAUUUGUAAGAAAUCGAACUUUUAGUGUGGUAGGGCACACACUUUGGAACUCCCUGCCUAUUGCUAGCAAGCAGGGUCCCUUGCCACACUAUUUUUGGUGCCUGCUAAAAUCAUUGUUGUUAAUGCCAGCCUAUCCAGAUAUGAAUAAAGUUGAUAUAUGUUUUAAGCUCAUUGUUUAUUCCAUCCUUCUUUUCUGAAUCUUUUAAAGAGCUGUUUUUACUGAUAAUUUUGUUGUUUUGUUCCUCUUGCAAACUGCUUUGAGGGUCCCCCCCUUGCAAUCAAGGUUGUAUAUAGAUUUCAUGAAACAAUAAAAAAUAAAUGUGUUAAAAAGCAACGCUUCUGUUUGCAAUUGUCAUCCGGCAGGUGUAUAUUUGCAGAGCUUGGGCUGGUGCCUAACAACGAUAAAGCUUUUAAUAAUGCAAAUCAGAAAGAACGGCAAGAGAAAAGCCAGUAGCAAAAAUCAUUUAUUAAAAAAAACCCUUUAAACGCGCAGCAAUCCAGCACUGAAUACAACACGACCCCUAAACGAGCAGCU